GGCUCAACACGGGCUGGUCUAGACGGGCCUCGAGAUCUUACGUUCCACCUCCCAGCCUCUCCACCAGCUUGGCCGGAUAUUGGUGUCGGCGGCCGGAAGCGGAAGUGUGAGACGGUCGGGGCUCCCGGCUGCAGCCACCUUGACCGGCGGGAUGCUGUCGCUGGACUUUCUGGACGAUGUUCGGCGGAUGAAUAAGCGGCAGCUGUAUUACCAGGUUCUGAAUUUUGGGAUGAUCGUUUCCUCAGCGCUGAUGAUCUGGAAGGGGUUGAUGGUGGCAACGGGCAGUGAGAGUCCCAUCGUCGUCGUACUGAGUGGUAGCAUGGAACCCGCCUUCCACAGAGGCGAUCUUCUGUUCUUGACCAACCGCGUCGAGCAGCCGAUCAGAGUGGGGGAAAUCGUUGUCUUUAGGAUAGAAGGGAGAGAAAUCCCAAUCGUGCAUCGUGUCCUGAAAAUCCAUGAAAAACAAAACGGCGACAUCAAGUUUUUGACCAAAGGCGACAACAAUGCAGUUGAUGAUCGAGGCUUGUACAAACAAGGACAACACUGGCUGGAGAAGAAAGACGUGGUUGGAAGAACAAGAGGGUUUGUGCCCUACAUCGGAAUAGUCACCAUCCUAAUGAAUGAUUACCCUAAAUUCAAGUACACCGUCCUUUUCCUCUUGGGCUUGUUUGUCCUGGUCCAUCGAGAGUAGCCCAGCAGAGGCGAGGACCACUCCUCCAAGCAGGCCGGGAUGUGAAGUUCACUUUGCUGAUCCGGAUUUGGGCGGAGUUGUUUUUUUUCUGUUGUGGUUGUUUCGUUUUUCUACGACUGCUGUGUCACGGGCAGGUUGAUCUCAGUAUUUUGAAAGAGUUUGUCACACUUUAGCAUUUUUGUACCUCGGUGAAUUUUUUAUAUUAAAAAAAAAAAAAGAUUUUAA